AAAAACAAAUUAAUUAAAAUCAAUGCACUACAUCUGAGAUACAAGCAAAAGAAAAUACUGAGUUACAAAUACCCGGAUACGAAAUGGCGGAAAUAAAUACCCUAGGAUGGUUCGACUAUUUAGUUAUAGCGAUAAUGCUGUGUAUAUGUGCCGGAAUUGGUAUUUAUUACAGAUUUAGUGGAGGACGUCAAAAAACUAUGGAGGAGUACUUCAUUGCAAAUCGAUCAAUGAACAUACUACCAGUCGCCAUUGCCAUGAUGGCCUCCCACUUAUCUGCUCUUGCAAUUCUCGGUGUAUCCGCUGAGAAUUACACAUACGGAACUCAAAUUGUUGGAAUAAACCUAGGAUAUUUUUUAAGCAUUCCGAUUUUAUGCUAUGGAUUUAUACCAGUAUUCUUCAAGCUGCAAGCGACGAGCAUUUAUGAGUACUUAGGGAAGCGUUUUGGAGUACGAGUUAAGAUGAUGGCUAGUUUCGCUUAUUGGAUUCAACAGAUUUUGUAUUCAGGAUUGGUGCUUUAUGCUCCUUCUUUAGCCUUGGAGGCGACUACAGGAAUCUCCAAGACUGUCAGUAUUGUUAUUAUUGGCUCCGUAUGUGCCUUCUAUUCCAGUAUAGGUGGUAUUAAGGCUGUAUUAAUAACCGACGUGUUUCAAAGUUUGCUUAUGUUUGCCACCGUGCUGUUAAUUAUUGGCACAGCCGCAAAUGAUGCCGGGGGAUUAGAUGAGAUUUGGGAAAUUGCACGGCAAGGGCAACGGACCGAAUUUGAUAGCAUCGAUCUGGAUCCAACAGUAAGACAUACUUGGUGGUCUCUUACGCUGGGUGGUUUAUGUAUAUGCUUAACACUUAUGGGAGUGAACCAAGUUCAAAUACAACGUAUACUGACUUUAAAAAAUAUGCAGGCUGCACAAAAAGCCGUAUGGUUAAGCUGCCCUAUUAUAAUCCUUCUCUUAAUCAUAAUUUGCUUCUCAGGAUUGGCAAUAUACAGCAGGUAUUACAAUUGCGAUCCCUUUCUCGAGAAAAGAAUUACUUCUCCUGAUAUGCUUAUGCCACUGUACGUCAUGGACACAAUGUCCAAUAUAUCUGGUUUACCAGGCCUCUUCAUUGCAGGUAUUUUUAGCGCAGGCCUCAGCACAAUUUCUGCGGUAUUAAAUUCUUUGGCGGCAAUAACGCUUGAGGAUUAUUUGAAACCUCUAUAUAGAAAGUGCAUUGGAAAUGAACUCUCCCCUGCAACGUCAACCUCCAUCGCUAAAGUGCUCGUUUUUAUCUUCGGUAUUAUCUCUAUUGUACUGGCAUUUUUAGUGCAAUUUUUGAACGAACUACUUCAGGUUUUCUAUACCCUUUCUGGAAUAAUUGGUGGUCCAUUAUUAGGCAUUUUUACUCUUGGCAUGGGCACGGAAUCGGCGACGGAAGGAGGUGCAAUAACCGGUGCUCUUAUAACAUUUUCAUUUUUAUUGUGGAUUGUCUUCGGUCAGCCACGUCCGAUACCGCCUAAAUUGCCAACUACUAUAAAAGGUUGUAAUAACGCAAAUAUAACAAUGUCCGAUUUGCAGAUCAGCUUCUUCAAAAGAACCGACGACAGUUCGUACUUUUAUUUGUACCGUAUUUCAUAUAUGUGGUACUGCCCUAUCGGAUUAUUAAUGACGUUCAUACUCGGACUGCUUGUCAGUAAUCUGUCUCGUUUAUUCAUCAAGAAUCAAAAUGACGAGAUAGACACUAAUUUAUUCUUUCCCAUGAUAGCACGGCGUAUACGUCACAGACGACAUAAUAAUAAAAAAAAUAAAGAAAAUUCUCCACUAAGUAGAAGAUAUUCUCAUAGCGACGUAAUCUAUAAAAAAGAUGAAACCGAUAAAAUCUAUAAAAAAGAUGAUGAAACCGAUCAAAUUAUGAUAGCUUAA